UACAAAAAUCUUCAUUAAUUUGGUCAAGAAAAUCUUGUAUUUUCCAUCAAAUUAGCAACCUUUCUAACAACUUCGUAGCAUACUAAUUAAAUUACUCGUGCCACAUUGCUUUGGUCUUUUUAGUAGCAUUUGAUGGAUCGUAUAGCGAAACUGGCUUCUGAGAAAGCUGUUGUGAUCUUUAGUAAGAGUUCAUGUUGCAUGUGCCAUACUAUCAAGAGACUGUUUUAUGAGCAAGGUGUGAGUCCUAAGAUCUACGAGCUCGACGAGGAUUCAAGAGGAAAAGAAAUGGAGAGGGCUCUAAUGAGGUUAGGAUGCAGCACUGCUGUCCCGGCUGUGUUUAUUGGGGGAGAAUUUGUGGGCUCUUCUAAUACUAUU